GAAAUUUAUUGUGACCGCAGAAAGUGUGAGUCAGCCUGUAACAUCUCACUCACGCCGCAAAUAAUAAAGUUCUCGCUGCGGUUUUGGGAAGUUUCCCUACCCCGUUGGCAUAUCUCGAUAUCUCGCCCACUGGAGAAUCCCGCGCGGUAACUCACCAGUCGAGCUGUCUAAGGGGCGACCCAACUAUACCUUUUACGAUGGCCCGCCGUUCGCGACCGGUCUUCCCCAUUACGGCCAUCUCCUCGCCUCGACCAUCAAAGAUAUCAUCCCGAGGUAUUGGUCCAUGAAGGGCUACCACGUUGAGCGUCGGUUUGGCUGGGACACCCACGGCUUGCCCAUCGAACAUGAAAUCGACAAGAAGUUGAAAGUGACGGGCAAGGCCGCUGUCAUGCAAAUAGGGUUGGAGAAGUACAAUGCCGAGUGCAGGGCCAUUGUCAUGAGGUACCGUGAGGAGUGGAGGCACACUAUCGAGCGGCUAGGCCGCUGGAUCGACUUCGACAACGACUACAAGACUAUGGACCCCACGUUCAUGGAAUCCGAGUGGUGGGUGUUCAAGCAGCUCUUCGACAAAGGCCAGGUCUACCAAGGAUACCGCGUGAUGCCGUACUCUACGGCUCUCACCACUGCCCUUAGCAACUUCGAAGCGAACCAGAACUACCAGGACGUGACCGACCCAGCCAUCGUGGUCUCUUUCCCACUUGAUGACGACCUCGAAACAAGUCUGCUUGCCUGGACAACCACACCAUGGACGCUACCAUCCCAUCUGGGCCUAGCAGUCCACCCAGACUUCGACUACAUCAAGAUCCAGGAUGAGAAAUCCGGGAAGAACUAUAUCCUUCUGGAGAAACUGCUUGGCACGCUGUACAAGGAUCCGAAGAAGGCCAAGUUCAAGGUGCUGCAAAAGCUCAAGGGCAAGGAAAUGGUUGGUUGGAAGUACCAGCCGCCUUUCGACUACCUGUACGAGGAAUACAAAGAUGUCGCGUUCAAGGUCCUCAGCGCAACCUAUGUCCAGGACGACAACGGUACUGGUAUUGUCCACCAGGCACCAGCCUUCGGCGAGGAGGACUAUAACGUCGCUGUCGCAAACGGUAUCGUGACCGAGAAGCGCCCGCCUCCCGACCCGGUAGACGACGCCGGUCGCUUUACCAGCAAGGUUCCCGACUAUGCGGGAAUGCACGUUAAGGAAGCCGACAAACACAUCAUCAAGCACCUAAAGGGGACCGGCAGAAUCGUCGUAGAGUCACAGACCAAGCACUCGUACCCGAUGUGCUACCGCUCAGAUACACCACUUAUCUACAAGGCCGUGCCCUCCUGGUUCGUGCGCAUUCCCAAUAUCAUCCCGAAGAUGCUGGAGAACAUUGAGGGUUCUCACUGGGUCCCGUCUUUUGUCAAGGAGAAGCGUUUCGCCAGCUGGAUUUCCAACGCCCGGGAUUGGAACGUGUCCCGGAACCGAUACUGGGGCACUCCUAUCCCCCUGUGGGUGAGCGAGGAUAGAGAGGAGAUCGUCUGUAUCGGCAGCAUCGCCGAGCUCAAGGAGCUGAGUGGCUACGAGGGCGAGAUCACCGACCUGCAUCGCGACAAAAUCGACCACAUCACCAUCCCCAGCAAAAAGGGCAAGGGCGUCCUCAGGCGAGUGGAGGAGGUCUUUGACUGCUGGUUCGAGUCCGGAAGUAUGCCUUACUCCAGCAAGCACUAUCCUUUCGAGAACCGCGACGAAUUCGAGAAGUCAUUCCCCGGCGAUUUCAUUGCAGAGGGUCUCGAUCAGACGAGGGGUUGGUUCUACACGCUGCUCGUCUUGGGAACACACCUUUUUGGCGUCUCUCCGUUCAAGAACUGUGUCGUCAACGGCAUCGUAUUGGCUGAGGACGGCAAGAAGAUGUCGAAGCGGUUGAAGAACUACCCCGAUCCCACCACGGUCAUGACCAAGUACGGAUCUGAUGCGCUUCGUUUGUACCUCAUCAACUCUCCCGUGGUGAGAGCCGAACCUCUCAAGUUUAAAGAGGCCGGGGUUAAGGAGGUCGUUGCCAAAGUGCUCCUCCCGCUAUGGAACAGCUACAAGUUCUUCGAAGGUCAAGUCACCCUGUUAAAGAAGGUGGAAGACGUUGACUACAUGUUCAACCCGACUAUGGAAUCCUCGAAUACCAAUGUGAUGGACAAGUGGAUCCUGGCCAGCUGCCAGAGCUUGCUCAAGUUUGUCAAUGAGGAGAUGGCAGCCUAUCGUUUGUACACGGUCGUCCCCAAGCUGCUGGAGCUGAUCGAUAACACGACGAACUGGUACAUCCGAUUCAACCGGAAACGUCUCAAGGGUGAAAAUGGGCUUGACGAUACUCUCCAUGCCCUGAACACCCUGUUCGAGGUCCUUUUCACGCUGUGCCGCGGCCUCGCGCCCUUUACGCCCUUCCUUACGGAAACCAUCUACCUUAAGCUCCUGCCACACAUCCCUGAGGAGCUUCGAGGCGAAGAUUUCCGCAGUGUCCACUUCCUACCAUUCCCUGAAGUGCGUCAAGAGCUAUUCAACACCGACAUCGAGCGACAGGUGCAGCGGAUGCAAAAGGUCAUCGAGUUGGCUAGAGUCUCCCGCGAGAGGCGUGGUAUUGGCCUGAAGCAGCCCCUGAAGACGCUUAUUGUCAUCCACCCUGAUCCUCAAUACCUCGAGGAUGUACAGUCGCUCCAAGGAUACAUUACCGAGGAGCUGAAUGUCCGCGACCUGGUAUUGACGUCGGACGAGGCCCAGUAUGGGGUUCAAUACAGCGUUACCGCGGAUUGGCCCGUACUCGGGAAGAAGCUCAAGAAGGACAUGGCUCGGGUUAAGAGGGCCCUCCCGAACGUCACUAGCCAAGAAGCGCAGGGCUACGCAGCCAACGGUACGCUUGUGGUCGACGGCAUCACGCUUGAGGCAGGCGACUUGGUGGUCAAGCGCGGCCUGAGGGAGGAUGAUGCAUCCCGGAACCUCGAGACUAACACGGAUAACGAUGUCCUCACUAUCCUCGAUGCCGAGAUCUACCCCGGCCUUGCCGAGGAGGGUCUCGCUCGCGAGAUCAUCAACCGGGUACAGCGGCUGCGCAAGAAAGCCGGCCUUCAGCCAACAGACGACGUCAAGAUGGAGUACAAGGUCCUGGCUGACCCCGACGAGACUGGCAUCGAGAAAGUGUUUGAGACGCACCAACCGAUCAUCGUGAAGGCGCUGCGGCGGCCGCUGGAUAAGCAUGAGGUCACCCAUGUGGAUGGCCAGAUCCCAGAGCAGAAGGAGGAGGGUAUCAUUGCCGAGGAAGAGCAGGAGGUGCAAAAGGCCACGUUUCUAUUGCGGCUGCUUAAGCUGUGAGGAGGUGGGAAGCCGGUAAUAGAUACCUUACACUGUAGAGUGCUGUGGGGGUGAGCAAGGGCUCUUGAUGGGUGUAUAGAACACCGAGAAGUAAGGCAGGAAAGACCUGUAUUUCGAUUAAGAGCUAUCUGAUUUCACCUUCCCCCC